AUGUCCCCAAUGGUGAUCCUUUCAUUUAUUUGCUGCUCCAAUUUGGUUAGGUGUACAUGCUGCUUGCUUCCCUUCCUACUUUACGAUAUACUUGCCGUUGGAUCGCUAACAGCGAAGCAGCAAGUCCCCAGAACCCACAAUUUACCACUGACAUUCGAGGACGGUCGCACUUUGGUUCAGUCGGGCGACUGUACCGUACUGCUUGUCGAAAGUAUGCCAGAAAACUUGACUUAUUGGGCCGGUGCACCUAAACAUGUUUCGACCCAUUUCGCAUGGAGCUUACUAUUGGAUCAAGCUUCUCACCAACUAUCCAUCGCUUCGUUUUAUUGGUCACUUCUGGCUGAUGCAGCCUUUAACCAAAGUGAUGUGAGCAAGGGUCGUGCUAUUUUCGACGCGCUGAUGAACAAAAGCGGAGAAAUAAACAUCACAAUCGCCCAAAAUGGUUCCCAAGUGAAAAAUGAAGAGCUGGAUGCACUCCAGACAAAAGGUGCUCGCGUGUUCUGGAUCGAUGUAUCUCGCCUGCUCGGUCGUGGGGUGCUCCAUACGAAACUGUGGAUUGUGGACGACAGUCAUGCCUACGUUGGUAGUGCAAACAUGGACUGGCGCUCUCUUACUGAAGUCAAGGAACUAGGCGCGCUCAUACUGAACUGCCCUGCCUUAGUGGAGGAUCUGAAAAAAAUUCAUGCUUCGUAUCUUCUGGUGUCCGACAAGUUGCCCACCAAAUGGCCGACAGAACUGAAAACCAGCCACAACAGAACUAAUCCGAUGCAGAUAACUAUAAAUGGCAUGCUUUCGAAGGUUUAUUUUUCGGCUUCACCCAAAGAAUUUAACGCGGACGGCCGAACCCAUGAUUUGGAUGCUAUUUUGUCCGCAAUCACAGAGGCAACGAAAUACAUUUACAUCUCAGUGAUGGACUACAGUUCAGAGAUUGUCUCGUACGACUGGCAUACCACUGGAAGGUAUUGGCCAGAUAUUGAUGAGGCACUACGCACUGCGGCAAUUGACCGUGGAGUGGAAGUUCGCCUGUUGAUCAGCCGUUGGCCACACACGUCUAAGUCAUCACUGAAAUAUCAGUCUUCAUUGCGAGCUCUGAACGGUGUUCAAGGGUCGACGAUCCGAAUUCGCUACUUUGUGGUACCAUCUUUCACUCCGGCUCAAAAAAUGAUCCCCCAUGCACGCGUAAACCACAACAAGUAUAUGGUGACAGAUCAAGUAGCCUAUAUUGGUACCUCGAACUGGUCAGGCGAUUACUUUUUGUUCACCGGUGGAAUCGGUUUCGUGAUUCGAGACGAAACGAAGGACAACUCGACAUACGAACACCUGCAAGACCCUGAGACCAAGUCACAGACCAUCCGAAUUCAACUGACUGAAAUAUUCCUUCGGGACUGGAACUCCGAGUAUUCCUUUGAAGAGUAA